CAGCCAGCCAGGGGAGGCAUGAGCGACCGAGCCGCGUGGAGCGGCGGCGGCAAGUGUGGACGUCUGUGUAAGUGUGAGGCUGUCAUGGCGGCGUUCAAAGGCAUCUGGACUCAGGCCUUCUGGAAAGCUGUUUCAGCAGAGUUUUUGGCAAUGCUUAUAUUCGUCCUCCUGAGCCUCGGCUCCACAAUCAACUGGGGCGGAGCUGAGAAACCUCUACCUGUAGACAUGGUCCUUAUCGCUCUCUGCUUUGGACUCAGCAUUGCCACGAUGGUGCAGUGCAUUGGACAUAUCAGUGGUGGCCACAUUAACCCUGCCGUCACUGUUGCUAUGGUCUGCACUAGGAAGAUCAGCCUUGCCAAGUCGGUCUUCUAUAUUGCAGCCCAGUGCCUGGGUGCCAUCACAGGGGCAGGCAUUCUCUACCUUGUUACUCCUAGGCGUGUGGUAGGGUCCUUGGGAGUCACCUCGGUACAUGGAGACCUUUCCGCUGGCCACGGACUACUGGUGGAGUUGAUAAUUACAUUCCAGCUGGUUUUUACUAUUUUUGCAAGCUGUGAUUCAAAACGCAGCGAUGUCACAGGUUCAGUGGCGUUAGCAAUUGGACUGUCAGUUGCCAUCGGACACUUAUUUGCUAUCAACUACACAGGUGCCAGCAUGAACCCUGCUAGAUCAUUUGGACCUGCAGUUAUCAUGGGAAAAUGGGACCACCACUGGAUAUAUUGGGUGGGACCAAUUAUAGGAGCAGUCCUUGCAGCCGCCCUUUAUGAAUACAUCUACUGUCCUGAUGCCCAGCUCAAACGCCGUUUCAAAGAAGCCUUCAGUAAAACAAGCCAGCCGUCCAAAGGGAAGUACACAGAAGUAGAAGACACCAGGAGCCAGGUGGAGACAGAUGAUUUGCUUUUGAAGCCAGGAGCGGUCCACGUCAUUGACAUUGAAAAGGGUGAAGAUAAGAAGGGCAGAGACCCAACAAACGAGGUGCUGUCGUCUGUAUGACUAGCAAGGAGCACUGAAAGCAGAGAACAGCCUACUAGCUUGCCCACAAAUAGCCUUCCACCCAUCAAAGAGACAGAUCUGUUGUAAAUUAGGCCCCUACCUCUUCUUAAAAUUGUAGGGAGAUUGCAGCAAUCAAUUAGUUGCUCUAUCAGACCACAACCCCAUUCUGUUGAAGUGGUAGCAGUUAACAAUGUUGAGUGAUUAUUCCAAAUUCAGAAAUGUCCUUUUCG